AUGGCUGAGGAGACGGCGGUGGCGGUGUGCGUGCGAGUGCGGCCGCUGAGCAGCAGGGAAGAAGAACUUGGAGAAGCUACUCAAGUUUACUGGAAAACUGGCAAUAAUGUCAUCUAUCAGGUUGAUGGGAGUAAAUCCUUCAAUUUUGAUCGUGUCUUUCACAGUAAGGAAACCACUAAAAAUGUUUAUGAAGAAAUAGCAGUACCAAUCAUUGAUUCUGCUAUCCAGGGCUACAAUGGUACUAUUUUUGCCUAUGGGCAGACUGCUUCAGGGAAAACACACACUAUGAUGGGUUCAGAAGAUUGUUUAGGAGUUAUACCCAGGGCAGUCCAUGACAUUUUCCAGAAAAUAAAAAAGUUUCCUGAGAGAGAAUUUCUCCUACGAGUAUCUUACAUGGAAAUAUACAAUGAAACCAUUACAGACUUACUCUGCAACACUGAAAAAGUGAAACCUUUGAUAAUUCGGGAAGACAUUAAUAGGAAUGUAUAUGUUGCUGAUCUCACAGAAGAAGUGGUUUACACAUCAGAAAUGGCUUUGAAAUGGAUCACAAAGGGAGAAAAAAACAGACACUAUGGAACAACAAAAAUGAACCAAAGAAGCAGCCGAUCGCACACCAUCUUUAGGAUGAUUUUAGAAAGUAGAGAGAAAGGUGAGCCUUCUAACUGUGAUGGAUCCAUCAAAGUUUCUCACUUGAAUUUGGUGGAUCUGGCAGGCAGUGAGAGAGCUGCUCAAACGGGAGCUGAAGGUGUGCGACUAAAGGAAGGCUGUAAUAUUAAUCGGAGCUUAUUUAUCUUGGGACAAGUGAUCAAGAAACUUAGUGAUGGACAAAUUGGUGGUUACAUAAAUUAUCGAGAUAGCAAAUUAACACGAAUUCUUCAAAACUCCUUGGGAGGAAAUGCAAAAACACGUAUUAUCUGCACAGUUACUCCCGUGUCUUUUGAAGAAACCCUUAGUACUCUCCAGUUUGCUAGUACUGCUAAGUAUAUGAAAAAUACUCCUUAUGUCAACGAAGUAUCGAGUGAUGAAGCUCUUCUGAAAAGAUACAGGAAAGAAAUCAUCGAUCUUAAAAAACAGUUAGAAGAGGUAAAUGUAAAAACUCGAGCCCAGGAAAUGGAAAAAGACCAGUUGGCCCAACUUUUGGAUGAAAAAGACUUGCUUCAAAAAGUUCAGGAUAAGAAAAUUCAGAACCUAACACAGAUGCUGGUGACCUCGUCUUCUCACACAUCUCAACAUGAACUGAGGGCUAAAAAGAAACGAAGAGUUACAUGGUGCUAUGGAAAACUUAGCAAAAUGAAGGACUCAAACUAUGUAAAUGAAUUUAAUAUGCCAGCAAAUGUAACAACAAGAACACACACAAAAUCUUUCAGUACACUGGGAGAAGUUGAUGAGUCUCUCUGCUCUGAGUCUGAUGUGUUCAGUAAUACUCUUGAUCCAUUAAGUGAGAUAGAGUGGAGUUCAGCAACAAAGCUGCUAAGUGAGGAGAACUUAGAAAGUGAGUUAAACUCAUUCCGUGCAAAAUAUGAUGACCUGAUAUUAGACUAUGAACAACUAAAAAGAGAAAAUGAAGAAAUGAGUUUGAAAUUGAAAGAAAAAAGUGAUUUGGAUGAGUUUGAGGCUCUAGAAAAAAAAACUGGAAAAGAUCAAGAGAUGCAACUAAUUCAUGAAAUUUCCAACUUAAAGAAUUUAGUUAAACAUGCAGAAAUAUAUAAUCAAGAUCUUGAGAAUGAACUGAGUUCAAAAAUAGAGCUGCUUAGAGAAAAAGAAGAUCAGAUUAAGAAUCUGCAGAAAUGCUUAGACUCUCAGAAGUCAGAAGAUAUGAAAAUGGACUUGUCAUAUUCAUCGGAAAGCACUGAGGACCUAAAGCAAAUGAGACAAACUCUCUGUGAUGCUGAAACUGUAGCUCUGGAUGCCAAGAGAGAGGCAUCCUUUCUUAGGAGUGAGAAUCUGGAGCUGAAAGAGAAAAUGAAAGAACUUGAAAAUGCCUAUAAGCAAAUGGAAGAUGAUAUUCAUCUUUACCAAUGCCAAUUGGAGGCAAAAAAGAAAAUUCAAGUUGAUAUGGAUAAAGAAUUACAAUCUGCUUUUAAUGAAAUAACAAAAUUAACCUCCCUUAUGGAUGGCAAAGUUCCAAGAGCUUUCAGGCAAAGACCAAGUACAAAAAUAAAUGAGAAAUCUGAAGAGCUGUAUAUAAUAACUUCAGAAAAGGACAAGUUAUUUUCUGAAGUGGCUCUUAAGGAGAGUACAAUUCAAGGUUUACUUGAAGAAAUUGAGAAAACUAAAGAUGGCCUAGCAACUUCUGGUCAAGAAUUUCAAAACUUUAAAGCUCUUCAUGUGGACUUGGAGCAAAAAUAUAAAACGGUCCUUGAGGAGAAUAAAAGAAUGAAUGAGGAAGUGGAAACUCUGUCUAAGGAAGCAGAAAGCCUUGGUUUAAGUUUGGAUGCUUUGAAGACUGAGCUUUCUCAGAAGAACCAAGAGCUUCAGCAGAAAACAGCUGAGGAUCAAGCAAUGUUAAAUGACCUAGAACACCUGAAGGAACAAGUAAAAAGUAGAGAUUUGAGGUUACAAAAUGUAGAAAGAGAGAAUGCACUGAUCACUGAGCAGCUUCAGCAAACCUUGGAAGAAGUGAGAACCUUAACUAAAGAAAAAGCAGAGCUAAAGCACAUCCAGGAGAGCCUUCAAAUAGAACGAGAUCAGCUCAGAAGUGACAUCCAGGACACUAUAAACAUGAAUAUAGAUACUCAAGAACAACUGCGAAAUACCCUAGAGUCUUUGAAACAGCACCAGGAAACAGUUAACAUACUGAAAAUGAAAAUUUCUGAAGAGACUUCCAGAAAUGUACAGAUAGAGAACAGAGGAGAAACUACAAGUGAAUUUCAGCAAAAGAUGGCCUGCAUAGAUAAAGAGGCGAACUUGGGAUCCCAAAGCCUCCAAACACUGGUUGCAGAUAUUAAGGAUGAGGAGGCAAUUGAGCAACAACAGAGUAAGAUACACUCGUUAAUCCAAGAGAAUAAUGAACUCCAAAAAAUGCUGGAAAGUAUUACAGCAGAAAAGGAACAACUGAAGACGGACCUAAAAGAAAAUAUUGAAAUGACCAUUGAAAACCAGGAAGAAUUAAGAAUGCUUGGAGAUGAACUAAAAAAGCAACAAGAGAUAGUUGCACAAGAAAAGUACCAAGUCAUAAAGAAAGAUGAAGAGCUAGCUAGGGCCCAUGAGAGAUUGAGAGACAUUGAAGAAACGGUAAAGGAAAAGAGCCAGCAACUCCAAGAAAAGCAGAAACAACUUCUCACCACAAAAGAAGAGAUGAGUGAGUUGCAGAAAAGGAUGGAUGAAAUGGACAAGCUAAAGAAUGAAUUAAAGAAUCAAGAAUUAACUUUGGAACAUAUGGAAAGAGAGAAGCUAGAGUUGGCUCAGAAACUACAUGAAAAUUAUGAGGAAAUUAAAUCUAUAACCAAAGAAAGAAAUGAACUGAAGGAAUUACAGGGAUCAUUUGAAAUUGAAAGAGACCAGCUUAAAGAAUAUAUAAGAGAAAUCGAAGCUACAGGCCUACAAACAAAAGAAGAAUUAAACAUUGCUCGCAUGCAUCUAAAAGAGCACCAAAACACAAUUGAUGCACUACAAAAAAGCCUUUCUGAGAAAGAAGCUCAAAUAGUGAAGCCUCAGGAGGACUUGGAAAAGUCAGAUACUGAUUUACAAGAAAAGGUGUCAGUGCUUCAUGAAGAACAAGAGCUUCUUCCUAAUAUAAAAGAAGACAGUGAGACACAGAAAACAAUUAAUAAACUUGAGCUAUUGGAAGAAUACUCCCAAACCACAAAUUCAGCACCAACAGAGAGCAAUGAAAUGGAAGUGCUCGGGCUGACUAAGAAACUUCAAGAAAGUCAGGAAGAGAUACAGUCUCUAACCAAGGAAAGAGAUGACCUUAAAAAGAUAAAAGAAGCACUUCAAGUUGAGUAUGACCGGCUGAAAGAAGACGUCAGAGAAACCUUGGCUAAUAUCCAAGAGGCUCAAGACCAAAGAGAAGAGUCCUUGAAUAUGGAAGAAAAAGAUAAUACCAAAACGAUGAGUGAGAUGGAGCAGUUAAAGGCACAGUUCCAAGCCAAAGCUUCUGCGUUGCUCACAGUAGAAAUGGAAAAGCUCAAAUUGUCUGAGAGACUUGAAGAAAGUCACAAGAAAUUAUUGUCACUAGCGAAGGAGAGGGAUGACCUACAGCAAUUACAGGAAGUUCUUCGAUCAGAAUGCAGCCAACUUACAGAAGACAUACGAGAAAUCACAGCAAAACACCUAGAAACAGAGGAAGAACUCAGAGUUACCCGUGGUUGCCUGAAAGAACAAGAGGAAAUUGUUGAUACACUGAAAGUGAACCUCGCAGACAAGGAAACUGAAAUAUCAAACAUUCAAAAGGAACUAGAGACAGCCCAUGGCAAGUUACAGGAAAAGAUCCAAGAGCUUUAUGAGAAACAGGAACAAUUUAUCAAUGUAAAAGAACUCAGUGAAACUCCAGAAAAAUUGAAUGACGUUGAACAAUUCAAGAUGCUUCUUGGAGCCAAAGAUUCAGCCCUCCAAAGUAUAGACAGUGACAGACUCAAGCUGAGUAAGAGUCUUGAAGAAAGUCAAGACAAAAUAAAAGCUAUAACUAAGGAAAGAGAUGAACUGAGAAGGGUGCAGGAGGCCCUACAAGUGGAGAGGGACCAGCUGAAAGAAAACAUGAAAGACAUGGUCACCAAACUCCAAGAACUUCAGGAAAAAGAACACCAGUGUCUUACGAUGGAUGUUAUUAAUGAAGCUCAGGAAAAGUCUUGUGAAAUGGAACAUUUGAAAGAGCAAUUUGAGGCUCAGAGACUAACUCUGGAAAAUACAGAGAUGGAGAACAUAAAGUUGACUGAAAGACUUCAAGAAAACCUGGAAGUUAUGAAAUCUGUAACAAAAGAAAGAGAUGACCUUAGGAAUAUGGAGGAGACUCUCAGAGUAGAAAGAGAACAGCUCCAGGAAGACCUUAAAGAAACCAAAACUAAAAACCUGGAAAAACAAGAGCAGCUAAAAAUUGCUCAUGUGCAUCUAAAAGAACACCAAGAAACCAUCGAUAAAUUGAGGGGUAUUGUUUCUGAGAAGAAAGAUGAAAUAUCUAGUAUGCAAGAAGACUUAGAAAACACAAAUGCUGCCCUCCGAGCACAGAUCCUAAUACUUCAAGACAAAGAGCAGCAACUUCUUAAAGUAAAAAAUGAUCUCCAGGAAACUAUGGAUCAAAUGGAACAAUUAAAGAAACAGCUAGAAGCCCAGAAUUCAACUCUGGAGAGCAUGGAAUCAGAGAAGCUCAGGUUGACUCAGAAACUUCAAGAAAACCUUGAAGAAAUUAGAUUUGUUAAUGAGGAAAAUGGUUGCCUGAGAACUGUGGAGAAAACCCUCAAAACAGAAAGAGAUCAACUGAGAAACAGCCUUGGGGAAACAGAGGCCAAGGAACUAAAGAAGGAAGAGGAGCUGAGAAUUGCACACAGGGAUCUGAGAGAGCACCAAGAAACUAUUGAUAAACUUAAAGUGAUUGUUGCUGAGAAGACAAAGGAAAUAGCAACUAUGAAAAUGGAUUUAGAAAAUUCAGAUGCCAAGUUAAAAGAAAAGAUUCAAGAACUUACAGCAAAUGAACAUCAACUUUUUAAGUUAAAAGAAGAUGUCAGAGAAGCACAGAAACAACUCAAGAAACAAAGUUUUGCUCUGAAUAAAAUGGAAAUGGAGAACUUAAGUUUGGUUCAGAAGCUUCAUGAAAGCCAUGAAGAACUGAAAUCUGUAAUGAAAGAAAGAGAUGAUGUAAGGAGAAUAGAGCAGACUCUAAAGUUAGAGAGAGAUCAACUCAAGGAAGACCUGCAGAGAGCCAUAGCCAGAGAUCAUCAGAAUCACCAAGAGGUAGUAAAAUUUGAAACGUUAUUAUGUGAUGGAGAACCCCAACAUACAGAAAGCCUGAGAGAAAAAUGCUUCAAGAUAAAAGAGCUUCUGAAGAAGUACUCAGAGAUGGGUAAUGAUUAUGAGUGCUUGGACAGAUUGUCUCUUGACUUGGAGAAGGAAAUUGAAACCCAAAAGGAGAUUUCAGUCCGAGUAAAAGCAAACCUCUCACUUACACACCCACAAACCAGAGAGAUUCAGAAACUUCUUACUGCAAACCAGAGAUGUUCCAUGGAAUUCCACCGAGUCUUAAAAAAACUUAAGUAUGUGUUGAGUCAUGUUACAAAAGUAAAGGAAGAGCAGCAUGAUUCCAUCAAUAGACUUGAAGUGGAUUAUGUCAAUGAAGUGGAAAAGCAAAGUGAACUGCAAAUGAAAAUAUGGAACCUUCAACAGAAUUCUGACAUGCCAUCCCAAGAAUUAAAGGACCAAAAACUCAACCAGAUUAUGGAUCAACACGCUGAGGAAAUUCUCAAAGAUUUCUCAGAAAAUGACUUCACCAGCAUAAAGACCGAAUUGCAACAGGUGCUAAGCAACAGGAAAAAAAUGACUCAGUUUUUAGAAGAGUGUUCAAAAACUACUUUUGAUAUACAGAAGGUUAAAUGUGGCAUCCAGAAAGAAAACACGAACAUUUGUCAAGUGAAUAACUUCUAUAAUAACAAGAUAAAUGCCAUAAUAAAUGAGUUGUCAGAGUUUGAAGAACGAAGUGCAGUUCGAUCCAAAGAAUGGGAGCACAACCUGGAAUCAAUGAGAGAGAAAAGUCAAAAACUACUUAGCGACCACCAGAUGUUGUCAGUCUCCCAGGUGCCUGGGCCCUGCGUUACUCCUCCUACUCAAGACAAUGCAAAUCACAGUACAAUGAGAGCCAUGCAGCUAACCACAGAGAAAAUUCAGGAGCUGGAAACUUCCCUCCGUGAAGCUAAAGAAAGUGCUGUCCAUAAGGAAAACAAGAUCAUAAAGAUGCAGAAAGAACUAGAAAUAACCAAUGACAUGAUAGCACGACUUCAGGCCAAAGUUCAUGAAUCAGACAAAUGCCUUGAAAAAAAUAAAGAAACAAUCCAGAUGCUUCAGGACAAAGUUGCUCUAGGUGCUCAGCCCUAUCAGGAAGAAAUUGAAAAUCUCAAAAUGAGGCUGGUGGAGGUUGACCUUGAAAAAAUGAAAAACACCAAGCAAUUUGAGAAGGAAAUUCAUUCUACAAAAGCCACUGUGGACUAUCAGAAAGAAGUAAUAAGAGUCUUGAGAGAAAACCUCAGAAGAAAUCAACAGGACCAAAAUACCUCAAUGGUAUCAGAACACACUCACUCUCAGCCCCCAAGUAAACCCUUGACCUGUGGAGGCGGCAGCGGCAUUAUACAAAGCACCAAAGCUCUUAUUUUGAAAAGUGAAUAUAUAAGGCAAGAGAAGGAAAUUUCUAAGCUAAAGCAGCAAAAUGAGCAGCUAAUAAAGCAAAACAGAGAACUGUUAAGCAGUAAUCAUCAUCUUUCUGAUGAAGUCAAAAUUUGGAAGGAAAGAACCCCUAAGAGAGCAGCUCAGCAAGAAGUGACAUGUGAGAAUUCUUCAAAGUCUCCUAAAGUAACGGGAACAGAUUCUAAAAAGAGACAGAACGUGUCAUCCCAUUGCAAGGAGUUGAAUGUACAAGAUGCUGUGCCAAAGGAGUCGCCACAUUCCUGGUUCUUCGAUAACCGAUCAAAGUCUUUCCCAGGACCUCAUCCAGUUCACUAUUUUGAUAACUCUGGUUUAGGCCUUUGCCCAGAAGAACAAACUGAAGGAGCAGAGAAUGUGGAUCCUCAGCCACGGCCUUGGCACACCUCUUCAGGAAAAGAUGAACCUGAAUGCAAAAUCCAGUAGGCCCCUCCAUCAUUCUCCAUCUCUGGAGGCCCAGCACGCCUCCUUCAGAAAGGACCUUCUGUGCCUCCCCAGCGCGACUUAAUUUUAGUUUAAUUUUCACUUUGCCGCUCGAGGAAAGAUGAAGGAACAAGAUAGUAAUUUAUUCUAGUGAUUUGUAGUGGUGAUAACAGUGCAAAUGCAUGUGGUAAUACUUUUAAACAUUGAACUUUAUAUUUAUUUAUAUAUAUACAAUAAAGAAGAAAGUUAUUGAA